CACCUGGUGGAGCUCCAUGGCUCUUUGUGCAUGGUCCGCGAUCUCCGCCAUCUUCCGCAUGGUGAAAGCUGCCUGGAGAUAUGGGCGCUGAGAGAUUACAGCGCCAGCGUAUGGUCACUCGACUUCCGUGUCGCCAUGACGCCGCAGGUGGCACGCGACAUGCACGAUCCCCGGUUCAUCACCGUCCUUGGAUGUCUCGGCGGCGCGCGCGGAGACGACGUCGGGAGUGUGGAGCGGAUCAAGAAAAUCCUGAUCGCUACCUCGCAGCACAAGGUGCACGCCUACGACCCAGCUACGGGGAGCAUCGAAACGGUGGUCACCGUCCCAGAGGAUUUCGCCGGCGGCCGGGAGGAGGCGGUGGCCGGUAUUCGGAUUGGUCUGUACGAGGACAGCCUUGCCCGUGUAGGCGGCGAGAGUUGUCGACAGAGGGAAGCCACGGCGGCGAUGACUGAGAUCCUACUACGGUUGCCGCCCAAAUCAAUCGCCAUGUGCAUGCUCGUUUGCAGACAGUGGCGCACACUGAUCGAGAGCGAGCGCUUUCUUACGUCACACAUGCUUGCUAACAUGGAACGGAAGAAGGUCAUGGUAGUCACGAAUGGCCGUCGACGGGAGAAUUUCUUUAAUUUCAUGCCGGUGGAGACCUGGAUUGGGCCUGCCGCCAAAGCUCGUUCGGACGUUCUUGUCAACCGCAGGAUCCUCUGCUCUAAGCCAUGCCAUGGACUUAACCUGAUAAGCACCAGCAGCGACGACUACCUGUGCAACCCUUGCACUGGUUCUAUCCGGUGUCUUGGAAUCCGUGGAAAGUUUCGUGAGAUUGAUCCAACUGUCAGUAUUGAUGACGAUCGCCGCCAUGUCACGAGAGUUGGCAGGAACAUCGGGCUAGGAUUCGACCGGUUGUCACAAGAGCAUGUAGUGGUUGAGAUGAGCCGCUUCAAAGGCGACCUGCAGCUGUGCAUGAUCAAGACGAGCUGCGUGGAUUACUGGAGCUGCGCUGGCAAGCCGCCGAGGCCGGUGACCGACAUGCCACCGGCACAUGUUGACGGGACGCUCUACUGGAUCAGCGAGCCACAGCCGACGGCCCGAGACCGUGUCAUUGUGGCAUUUGACAUCUCCUCCCGGGAGUUCUCCGUCUUGCCAUGCCAGCCAUGCUGCAGCGAGAGGGACGGCGGUGAUUAUCCGUUGCUCGUCGAGCUGGAAGGAUCGCUGUCGCUCGUCGUCGCAAACGCGGAGGAGAACAAUCUGCAGAUAUGGACGAUGCAGGAGGCUGACGGCACAUGGCACAAAAGUUACAGCAUCUUACUGGACGAGAGGUACCCGGACUUCUCACUAAAAACGGGCGUGGUGGUAGUGCCACUGGACGCCGUCGCCGAUAGCAAUGGCGGCGGCAGGAUCUUGCUCGACACAGGGCGAGCAUUGGGCUACUACGAUCUCGAGACGAGAAGCAUCGACACCUUGUACUCGCUCGACCAGCUAAAGCUUCCCCAGUGCCAGAUGGCAUUCCCCAUGCUGUACGGGGAUAGCUUGGUGCCCAUCCAGGACGACGAACCGCCCGACUACGUCGCGCCGACUCUUCGCGACGACGACGGCGGGCGGCGCUGCUACUACCAGCCGCAACACGUGGAGAUCAGCGGCGGCGAGCAGCCUGCGGCUGCCUCCUGCGUAUUCCGGCCAUGCGAGGCGGCCGGCGGCGGCUGCAGGGGCAUGGGCUGCGUGUACGCGGGUAGCUGCUGCAGGAGGGUGCUGUGCCGGGAGUGCAGCCUCCCGUGCGUCGAGCACACCGACGGCUUCCACACCGCGAUACUGCCCUUCCUGCCGCGGCGCUCCGCGACGGCGACCGAGAUGGCCGAGGAUUUGCUGCUGGGUUUGCCUCUCGAGCACCCGUGCGUGCCGGGGCCCGAGUACUGCUACUACUACUCGGAGGGGGACGAGGUGGAGGAAGGCGUGGGGCGGCACGUGUUCGUGUCGCUCAGGGAUCUCGCGCGCACCAGGCAGCCGCGCCGUCUCAUCGAGUGUGGGUACAGGAUGGAUAUGAUUUACAUUUUGGUCCUUUUAAAAAACUUAUUUCGCAAAUAG